AUGAGCCCGGGCGAGCGCGCCGGCGGCGGAGGCGGCGGCGGCGGAGGCGGCGGCGGGGACGCGCGCAAGCCCGGCGGGCCGGCGGCGAGCUGGGCCGGGGCGCGGGCGGUGAGCGCGCUGUGCCUGCUGCUGUCGGCGGGCUCGGCGGCCGCCUGUCUGCUGCUCGGGGCGCAGGCGGCCGCGCUGCGGGGCCGGGUGGCGGCGCUCGAGCAGGAGCGCGAGCUGCAGCGGCGCGCGGGGCCGUCGGGAGCGCUGGCCGCCUGGGCCGAGCCGCACCUGGAGCGCCUGCUGCGCGAGAAGUUGGAUGGAGUCCCCAAGCUUCGGGCUGUUCGGGAAGCCCCAUCGGAGUGCAUCUGCCCCCCAGGACCUCCCGGAAGACGAGGAAAGCCCGGAAGAAGAGGCGACCCUGGUCCUCCAGGGCAAUCAGGACGAGACGGCUACCCGGGACCACUGGGUCUGGAUGGCAAACCUGGACUUCCAGGCCCCAAAGGGGAAAAGGGUGCACCAGGAGACUUUGGCCCGCGGGGAGAACCGGGGCAAGACGGAAUGGCAGGACCUCCAGGGCCCCCUGGACCACCUGGUGCCCGGGGCCCACCGGGUGACACUGGGAAAGAUGGCCCCAGGGGAGCGCAAGGCCCAGCGGGUCCGAAAGGAGCGCCUGGACAAGACGGCGAGAUGGGCCCCAAGGGACCCCCAGGGCCCAAGGGUGAGCCUGGAGCUCCUGGAAAGAAGGGGGACGAUGGAGUGCCCAGCCAGCCAGGACUCCCUGGACCCCCAGGACCCAAGGGGGAGCCAGGAGAUACGGGGCUCCAAGGAGAGAACGGCACAGACGGUGUCCCAGGACCAAAGGGUGAGCCCGGAAACCCAGGCGCAGACGGAGCCACAGGGCCCCGGGGUCCCCCAGGCCUCAAGGGCGAGCAAGGGGACACGGUGGUGAUCGACUAUGACGGCAGGAUCUUGGAUGCUCUGAAGGGUCCUCCUGGGCCACAGGGAGCCCCAGGGCCACCAGGGAUCCCUGGAGCGAAGGGUGAACUUGGACUACCUGGUGCCCCAGGAAUCGAUGGAGAGAAGGGUCCCAAAGGAUCAAAAGGAGACCCAGGAGAUCCUGGACCGGCUGGACCCAAAGGAGAAGCAGGCGAGAUGGGCUUAUCUGGCCUCCCGGGUGCUGAUGGCCCCAAGGGAGAGAAGGGAGAGUCGGCAUUGGACCACCUACAGGAGAGUCUGGCCCAUGUCAUAGCAGAACCAGGACCUCCUGGCCCCCCUGGCCCCCCAGGCCCCAUGGGCCUCCAGGGGAUCCAGGGUCCCAAGGGUCUGGAUGGAGCAAAAGGAGAAAAGGGUGCCUCGGGCGACAGGGGCCCUCACGGCCUGCCUGGGCCGGUUGGCCCACCGGGCCUUAUUGGACUGCCAGGAACCAAAGGAGAGAAGGGCAGGCCCGGAGAGCCAGGACUCGACGGUUUCCCUGGACCCAGGGGAGAGAAAGGUGACCGGAGUGAACGUGGAGAGAAGGGGGACCGAGGGGUUCCUGGCCGGAAAGGCGUGAAAGGCCAGAAGGGAGAGCCAGGCCCGCCAGGCCUUGACCAGCCGUGUCCUGUGGGUCCCGAUGGGCUUCCUGUGCCUGGCUGCUGGCAUAAGUGAGCCCCAGACGCUGCUCACAACCUGUACAGAUCCGUGUGGACGUUUUUAAUUUUUGUAAAAACAAAACAGUAAUAUAUUGAUCUUCUUUCAUGGAAUGCACCAACUGUGGCCUUGUAACACCUGCGAGUGUGCCAACCGGCCCCAGGAUGAGCGGCGUGUGCAGACGGCAAGAAAGCGGACUGGCCUUUCUGGGGAAGCAUGUGCUCAUGGGGUACUUGCAGGGCCUGGCAUUCCCUGGCAAGAAGACGAAGGUGAAAAUGCCCAGCUCCAGCUCCUAUGGGGCUGGAAAAACUCCAAGCUGGGUCUUCGAUCACCUGAUUAGCAGAGACACACAGCUGUCCGGCCGACCUGCGAGAGCCACCCUCUGAAGCCCCAGUACCCGAGUUGCACUGUAUCCCACAAGAUCCCCUUGGGUGGCGGCCGCAGCUGCUCAGACUUCUACUCUCCAGCCUGCCAGCUGCACCUGGACCCCGGGCUCACCAGGACACACGAGGUUCCUGUCGGGCACGUGGAGAAAAAACGGUGAAAAGUCCCCUGCGGAGGACCUAACUUCCCCCAAGCUCAGGAGACCUCCAGAAGCCAGCCUGCCAUGAGACCAUGUGUCCUCUGACCUGAAGAAGUGGCCAGGCUGUGUGAAUACCCUGAGAUGAGGCUGCUGCAGGCAUCCCAGUGACCCCUGAGUGGAGAUGGAGAGACCCAGCUUGCAUUGGCUGCUGUUUCUAGCCCAUCACCACCACGUCCAGAGCAGGAUGGGGGUAGAAAAGUACUUGGUCAGGCCUGCCUCUCAGAGUUUGGGUCUCACUGGCCCCAGUUUCCUGCCCAGAACUCUGGUCAGCCUAGCCAAAAUGGGCAAGUGGUGCAGACCCAGUGAGCCACAAGGCUGGGCCCCUGCAGGCCUGGAAGCAAGGGUGUCUUGUCACCAAGGCCCUUGCUCUAUUAGGACAGGCAGAGCCACCUCUAACAAAGGGGCCCAGUGAGCAGCUCUUCCCCAGCUCCUCACUUCCUCUCCUUGUAAAUGCCAUUGCUGAGUAUAAUAAACCACAAAUGUGUGA